AAAUAUUAAUUAGAACAUUAAAGAAAAGAAAUACACUAUAAGUAUUGGUUGAAUUCCUACUUAAAAAGGAUACAAUCAUAUGAUCUUUCCUUGCCUUGUAACAAAUUUUGAUUAGGGGAAUCUUGGGCUUGUAAUAAACUCUACUAUGGGUACCGACCACAAAUAAUAGUAGAGAUGUCACUCGUGGCUUCUUGUCUGCCAUCACAACCAGAAUCUCUCUCUCUCUCUCUCUCUCUCUCUCUCUCUCUAUCUCUAUCUCUCUCUCCCCUGCUGACCCCAUAAGCCACAUGAACACCAUGCUAUUUACAAGCUUCUGUGGUGGCUGGACAGCAGCUCAGCGUCUGAGGGAAGGCUGUGAGACAUGUACUGAUUGGAAGAGCGAGCUUUGCUCUUCUUCUUUCCUUAUUUGCUCAAGACCUACUUGUUGAGGGGUGUAAUGAUCAUGGCCGGCAUGCUCCCCGGCGUGGAGUGCGCCCGGCGGCGGCGAUUCCAGAACGGUGGCUCCGUCGACUCCCUAACCAGCUGCUCAAGGAGAUCAGCCUUCCCCCUUUGCACAACCGGGCAUGACAUGCAUCCCAGCAGUAGUAUCUCCAUGAGAUCCAUCAUGAACAAGGAGAUCCAUGAAGAGGCACUUGGACAUACAGCUAGGGAAGCCAGGGAGAGGUUGGAUGCAAGACUGAGGAUCAAAAGGCACAACAGCUUGGGAUGCAUGAAGCUGGGCAAGAGCGAAGGGUGCAGCCAUGGACGGCUGCACAGGAUCCUUGGCAGCGUGCAGAGGCAGGUGUUCUCUUCCAAGAAGAGCACCAGGAAGUUUAGCUGGAGCAAGUUGAGGUGGAAGGCAUCAGAGCAAGCAGAUUGUGCAGUGUGCUUGGAGGAUUUCCAGGAAGGAGACAUGUUGGUUCACCUGCCAUGCGCUCACAGGUUCCACUGGAAUUGUGUGCUGCCAUGGCUGGAAAGCAGCUCCCAUUGCCCAUGCUGCAGAAUGACAAUCUUUCUUGGAUAGCUGAUCAAUUCUGCAAGUAGCAUUUAAAGAUGGAAAGAUCUUAAUCAGUGUUCUACAGUCAAUUAGUGGACCAAUUUACUAUUCUAUAACUUAGACCGAGCAUUGUAUUGGAGAUUAAGAUUGCUGCAAAAGUUAAGAGGAGUUUUUGCUACUCUUGUGCAAAUUUGAUGGAACAACUAAGCAAGUAAAAAAGAGAGGUUGAUAUAUCUAAAUUGAUUCUGAUGAAGGAUGAGGAAAGAAUGAUAACACAUGUAAAUCCAUUAAGACCUUUUGGAUUUGAGAAUAUUCACUAUUUCACUUUAUCUUGUAACUCAUACUGAGAGAAGUUUUAGGCACUGAGUUAUGUAGUGGGAGUAAAGAUUUGCUUGGCCACUAUGUUAGUCUGAUCAACUGUGAGAGCAAAAGCUAUCUCUUCCUUGGGAUUU